UCUUCUUGUUUUUUUUUUUUUUUGUGAUUGUUGUUUUUGGUUUGAAAGGAAGUUCAAAAUCCACUACGCCGAACGAAAUCUAAUGAAUGAGAGGGAAGAAGAGGUACUUCUUGUGGAACCUUGCGGUGUCUCUGUAGUAGGCAGCGCCGGCGGCAAUGAAGGAUCGUGGUAAGAAACACCGCGACGUCGUUUCUUGGAGCAGGUUCUUCUGGUGCACCCUCUUCGUUAUCUUCUCUUGCGUCCUCUUCACUGGUUUCACCUUCUCAACUUUCCGCCUCCUCUUUGGAGAAACGUUUCGACCAGCGCUGGUCUUUAAAUGGCGAGCUCCGGUGAUGGAAUCCAUUUCUGGCGACUCUCCAGUCACUCGGUCCAUCUCAAUUCGAGAGACGGUUAUGCUUCCAGACCAGGCUCUUAUUUUCCUGAAUUACCUUCCGUCGGCUCGGUUAUUUACCAAAGAGGACAUUGACUGUGUUUAUUUCUCCGCCGAAUCGUCGCAGCGACAGCUGAGGAAGCCGCCGUUGGACGUGGAAGGCGGCGGGGAUCGAGAUAACCAGAUCGUACGGUGCCCGCGCCAGCCACGAGGCUUCACGGUCUCGCUUGCCUUGAAAUCGAGCGGCCACGUCCCACCACCGGGGCCCUCGCACAGGUGGGACUCGCUUGCAUACGAAGCCAUGAUCGAUCGGGACAACACCACGAUCGUGUUCGUGAAGGGCCUUAAUCUACGGCCCGAAAGACUCUCCAAUGUUUCGAGAUACGAGUGCGUGUAUGGCUGGGAUUUCGGGAGACCAAAGUUUUUACUGAGGUCCGACGUCGUAUCGAUCGCGCAGGAGAUUGUACGGUGCAAAACCCCUUUGAGUGUUCUGAACAGCCCACGUAGGAUGAGCACGAGCAACAAUUUUGUCAAGGUCUCAGUCAGACCGAAAGGUAGAGGAAUCUUCCGCUCCAUAGCCCGACCGGGGUCGGGGCUCCGCCCUGGAAACGACCCGUACACCCGAAAACAGUACGAGAUGUGUGUAUGCACCAUGCUGCGCAACCAAGCACGGUUCUUGAAAGAAUGGGUGAUGUACCAUGCCCGAAUAGGGGUGCAACGAUGGUUUAUCUACGACAACAACAGUGACGACGACAUCGAAGAUGUGAUUGAUAAUGUCGUGGACAUGUUAUCCAAGACCAAGGACAUGGACAAGGAAGUCAAUUACAAUAUUACAAGGCACGUGUGGCCAUGGAUCAAGACCCAGGAAGCUGGGUUCUCCCAUUGUGCAUUACGGGCAAGGGACACGUGCGAGUGGGUUGGGUUUAUUGAUGUGGAUGAGUUCUUUUACUUACCAUCAGGUCUGGUGCUGCACGAUGUGUUACAAAACCAAUCGAGGUACAGCUAUGUUGGAGAGGUGCGUGUGUCGUGCUACAGUUUUGGGCCAUCGGGUCUCAAACACGUUCCGGAACAGGGGGUGACUGCCGGAUACAAUUGUCGGCUGGCGGCACCGGAGAGGCACAAGAGUAUAGUGAAGCCGGAGGCCUUGAACUCCACAUUGAUAAAUGUUGUGCACCAUUUUCAUCUCAGGAAGGGUUUUGAGUAUGUGAAUGUGGACAAGGGAGUGAUGGUAAUUAAUCACUACAAGUACCAAGUUUGGCAAGUUUUUAAGGAGAAAUUCUAUAGGAGAGUGGCUACUUAUGUGGCUGAUUGGCAGGAUGACCAAAAUGCUGGGUCCAAGGAUCGAGCCCCUGGUCUGGGAACUAGAGCCGUCCAACCGCCGGAUUGGUCGAGCCGGUUUUGUGAGUUCACGGACAAUGGCCUCAGGAAUCAGGUAUUGAGGCUCUUUGCAGACCCAGAAACACAAACUUUGCCUUGGCAAGAGGUGGGUGAGCAAGCCAAUCAUAGAAAAACAAGGAAUAAAAGGAAAGCAUAGUGAAAGUUUAUGACUUAAUUUGUAAGAUACAUAUAAUGUUUCUAGUUUUUGUUUUUUUUUAGUACUGUUUUUUUAUAAAGGAAUUAUAAGUUGUAAACAAAUUCUUUUGUAGAGAGACUCAAAUAGAGGCAAUUUAGAAAUUAGACUAUGACAUUCAUACUCGAGAGACAUCUUCAUGACUGA